UGGGACCGCGGCUGCUGAGUCAAUACUUCUUGCUGGUGGACUAGCCUGAAGAAGAUGCUGAUGUUCCAGUGGAUGCUGAUUUGGGGGGCCGCCCUGCUGCUGGUCCUCGAAUGUGAAGCCAAGUAUGGAGAGAAAAGUGACUCUACAGCUAGGAGGAGAAGGUGUUUAAAUGGGACCCCCCCUAAACGAGUCAAGAAGAGGCAUAGGAAGCUGCAAAGCCUGGAUCUGGGGGGAGCUGGAGAUGGAUGUAGAGGGCUGUACCCCCGGCUCUCCUGCUGCUCCAAACCUGAAAGCACAGGCUUAUUCUUAGAUCCUAAGAUAUUCUCGGUUACAAACAAUACAGAAUGUGCAAAGAUCCUAGAAGAAAUCCGGUGUGCUUACUGUUCACCACAUGCUCAGAACCUCUUCCAACAACCAGAAAAAGUUGACACAUUUGACAGACAACUGGUUCUACCCACCUUGUGCAAGGACUACUGUAAGGAGUUCUAUUACACAUGUCGAGGACAGAUACCAGGAUUACUUCAAACCACUGCAGAUGAGUUCUGCUUUUACCAUGGGAUGAGGGACAGUGGACUCUGCUUCCCAGACUUUCCAAGGAAACAAGUGCGAGGACCAGCAUCAAACUACUUGGACCAAAUGGAGGAGUAUGACAAAGUGGAAGAGAUCAGCAGGAAACACAAGCACAAUUGCUUCUGCAUACAGGAGGUUAUCAGAGGCCUGAGACAGCCUGUUGGAGCAUUGCACAGUGGAGACGGAUCACACCGUCUCUUCAUUCUUGAAAAGGAAGGCUAUGUGAAGAUUCUUACUCCUGAGGUUGAUUUAGUAAAGGAGCCUUUCCUUGACAUACACAAAGUGGUUCAAAGUGGAAUUAAGGGAGGAGAUGAAAGGGGGCUGCUAGGCCUUGCAUUCCAUCCCAAUUAUAAGAAAAAUGGAAAGCUGUAUGUGUCGUACACCACCAACCAAGAACGCUGGGCCAGCGGACCUCACGAUCACAUUCUUCGAGUUGUGGAAUAUACAGUGUCUAGGAAGAACCCCAGUCAAGUUGAUGUGAGGACAGAGAGGAUAUUUCUGGAAGUAGCCGAGUUACACAGAAAACACCUGGGAGGACAACUCUUGUUUGGUCCAGAUGGCUUCUUGUAUAUUUUCCUUGGAGAUGGAAUGAUAACUAUUGAUGAUAUGGAAGAAAUGGAUGGUUUGAGUGACUUUACAGGAUCCGUACUGAGGCUAGAUGUUGAUGUUGAUGGGUGCAGCGCUCUUUAUUCCAUACCUAGAAGCAACCCACAUUUUAAUAGCACAAAUCAGCCGCCAGAGAUAUAUGCCCAUGGCCUACAUAACCCAGGCAGAUGUGCUGUUGACCGUCAUAGUAAAGACAGCAGUAUGAAUGUAACAAUCCUGUGUUCAGAUUCAAGCACCAAGAACAGGACAAAUGUCAGGGUUUUGCCAAUCAUUAAAGGAAAGGAUUAUGAAAGUGAGCCUUCACUUUUAGAAUUCAAGCCUUUGAGCAGUGGGCAAACAGUUGGUGGUUUUAUAUACAGAGGAUGUCAGUCAGAAAGGCUGUAUGGGAGCUACGUGUUUGGUGAUCGCUACGGAAACUUUGUAACACUCAAUAAAAACUCCAUCAUGAAACAGUGGCAAGAGAAACCAUUUUGUCUCGGCAUCGGAGCAUCUUGCAGAGGACCCUUCACGGGUCAUAUACAGGGAUUUGGAGAAGAUGAAUUAGGUGAAGUCUACAUUCUGUCAAGCAGUAAAAGUAUGACUCAGUCACAUAGUGGAAAACUCUACAAGAUUAUUGACCCUAAAAGGGCAGCAAUGCCUGAAGAAUGCAAGAGGCCUGUGCUUCCACCACAGCCGCUGUCCUCGGAAUGCUCCCGUCAAUGUAAAAACGGCCAUUGUACACCCACUGGAAAAUGCUGUUGCAAUCAAGGAUGGGAAGGAGAGUUCUGUCGGAUGGCAAAAUGUGAACCAGCAUGUCGACAUGGAGGUGUCUGUGUAAGGCCAAACAAGUGUUUAUGUAAAAAAGGAUACCUGGGCUCACAGUGUGAGCAGGUGGACAGAAACAUUCGCAGAGUGGCCAGGGCAGGUAUUCUAGACCAAAUCAUCGACGUGACGUCAUAUUUGUUGGAUCUCACCAGCUACAUUGUAUAGUUAAUGCGGACUGCUUGGAUACGUUCUGAACGGGCAUUUAUUUUUAAACCAUGUAAAUUAAACAGACGAAAAAAAGGACUUUGUAAUUCUGCUCUAAAUCCCUGUGUUUUAAAAUAUUUUUAUUAAUUUAAAUAUAUUGUCCAUAAAAGUGAGUUUGUGUGUGUAAUUUAUGAAUAUUUGAGUGUAUAUGUAUGUGUGAAGAUAUAGACAUAUUCAUUUAUUAAACAUUCUGUUAUUGUAAACACUGGCUGCAAGAAGGUCAUGUGAGCAACUUUAUGCUUUUUGUCUAUAAUGUAACAUUAAAAUAGUUAUUUAGAUGAAAAUAUGUCAUGUGUACAGUAUUUCAUUUGUAUUCACU